AUGUUUUCAUGAGCCAGCUGAAGUCAAAAUAUUGUAAUGACAUAGUCAAACAUAAAAUGUAUGGACACACUGUAUGUAACAUCAUUAAAAAAAGUUACCACAGGCACAAAUCUCCACCAUGAAACAUCACUCAUCCUCACACUUUAUGGCAGUUGCUUAAUUGCCCUCAGCUGAAAGCUCCUCUUUCUGUCACACAUUGCUGAGAGACCUGUAAGUGCUUGUGGACAGACUGUGUUUAUAUUUAGCCGGGACUCUGUCAGGGAGGCAGGGGUAGGCUUUUAUAAUGGUCAACGUGCCAUGGUUGACAGCUUGACUGGCCUCUUGCCCAUACCUAUCAGCCAGCUACUUUCUCCUCAUCACGUCCAGCCUCCAUACCCUAAGAUUGAGGACAGCUAUACAGGGGAAAGCACCGGACAGCGCCAUUUAGGCGAGCGCGCUGGACCAUGGCGGCAUAAAGUGCAAUGGGAGAGCAACGGCCAUGUCUACAGUUUAUUGAGCACCGGAUCACAGUUUCAUCGACCUGUGCAGUCAAGGAGAAGUAGUCAGUUCUAUUUAACUACAUAUAGAGGUUUGGGAAUUCCAUGGAGGUCCACCGCUUCCAGAGCAUCGGAUUCAGAGUCUAGGUCCCGGCGACCUCAUCCCAAUGUGGUGGACUCUGCUUUGCCACUGAAUUUACGGGAAUCACAAAGUGUUUUAAGUUCGGAUGCUGGUCCCCACACGGCAAACAGCCUCAUCUCCAGUAACGGGAAUCAGAGGUUUCUGGCGUCUUUUCGCAGAGAUGCUGUAAGUGCAAAUCCAACCAACCCUAGCACUUACGAUGCACUACAUGGCACAACAGGUGUGUCAGCCUUAACGCAGGAAUAUUCUGGGAACGGUGGAUCGCGGGGACAGCGCAGUCACGGCGAAGAGGAACCUGUGUCCGAAGCUGUACAUGUCCAACCAUCACCAUCAUUAAUGGACAAUGCUGAAAUAACAGCAGACCAAAACGCUGACAUUGAGACACAAGAAGUUGGACGAAACACCUCACUGAACGAAACUGAGACUGAAGGCACCACUGAAGAGGUUGGGCAGCACUUAGCUCCGGGUGAAAGAGAUUCGGUGCCUCAAGAAGUGUUUCCUUCUGCUGCUGCUUAUAACACAACAGAGGAAGAUGCUCAGCUGGCAAAUGCAGAAAAUGUGACCAACAAUGAUUCCCGCAGCAAGAAUCACAGAAAUUCAGUUUUUCACAAUAUGUAUCCCUCAAGUGGAAGAAUAAGACCACCAGCCCAUCCUCCACCUGCGUCUGGUUAUGGCACCAGGUACUUCCAUAACGGUCUUCCAGACCUCAUCCCUGACCCUUAUUACAUUCAAGCAGCAUCUUAUAUCCAGCGUGUGCAGAUGUAUGCACUGAGAUGUGCUGCUGAGGAGAACUGUCUCUCUCGGUCUGCCUAUAGUCCAAGCGUCAGAGACCUUGACUAUAGAGUACUACUUCGAUUCCCUCAGAGAGUCAAGAAUCAAGGAACUGCUGACUUCUUGCCUGUGAAACCAAGACACGAGUGGGAGUGGCAUAGUUGCCAUCAGCACUACCACAGCAUGGAGGCUUUCAGUAAUUACGAUCUGUUGGAAAUCUCCUCUGAGAGAAAAGUGGCUGAAGGACACAAGGCAAGUUUCUGUCUUGAGGACACAAGCUGUGAUCACGGUGUAAGGCGACGCUACGCUUGCACAGUUCACACACAGGGAUUGGGCCCUGGUUGCUAUGAUACGUAUCAUGCCAACAUUGAUUGUCAGUGGAUUGACAUCACUGAUGUGCCUCCAGGAAAUUACAUUCUGAAGGUCACAGUGAACCCUUCACGACAGGUGGAGGAGUCUGAUUUCUCCAACAAUGUUGUCAGGUGUGACGUCAGAUACACAGGCCCGUAUGUACAAGUGCGCAACUGCAGAAUAACUGUAAAUUAACUUCUUCAGUAGAAGAGGAGAAAUCAAGUUCUAAGGAUUUCUAUUUAUUUGAGCACAGUAAACAUAACUGUUUUUCUUUAAUGCUGAUGCAAUUGUGUGUCAGUAGUAAUUGAGUAACUGAGAUGAUGAAAUGUGAAAGAGGUAAGCCCUUAACUAGGCGUAUAUGCAUAACAAUAAUGACCAACAUAGUGUAAUGAACAAUGUGUCCACAUUAAUAUCAACAUUUGAGCUUUAAGGAUGAUUAUUUUGGAUGUCAGCUAAUUCAUAUAUUCCAUACAUAUCGCUUUAGUGCCACACCUUUCAGUUCAAUGCUUGUUGCUCUCCGUGUGCUGUAAAUUUGGAAUAUUGCACACAAUAUAUUUGUGAAAGCUUGAAUUAUUGUAAUUUGCACUUUUGUAUGAAGUGUAAGCAAAUUGUAUUUUUGAUUAAAAGU